CGUAACGAUUGAUGAAUUGAAAGAUGGCAACUUUCAUUGGAAAGACACGACCGUUCGUUUACCGGCGUUUAUCAAAUCUGGGAAAAUGUGAGCUAUGUCGCCUUCACAGUAGCUCGGGGUUAAGCAACCAACCAAAAGUCACAAUGUCUAUACACCAGUAUGCAUUGACAGUUCUUCCCCAGUACUCUGGAUUGUUGAGUAACCUGCUACGAACCCAGUCAAGGCGCUCGGUACACCUUUGUGCUUCACUGUCGCAGAAGGUCAGCAAAAAAGAUCGAGUUAAGCAGGUAACAAACAAAUAUGCAUCGUCUGACAGGCCUCAAGCACAGCCUAGGCAUACCUCAGACUACCAGCAGUCAACAAUCAUCCAUCCUUCAGAAUCGUCAGAAUCUUCAACCGUCACCGAUCAAUCCCCUGCUGGUCUGGAUCUCCACCAGCGUGUAGAGACAGCCAUCCAGAGCACCCUUGACCAUGUCACUCCAUGCCCCAUUGAGCCAAAGGAUGGGAACAAGGGUGACACGGAGGAGGUUGUAGAGGUCAAAGAGGGUCAGUGGAAGGAGCAGAGUGUAGCAGUUAGUCAGCUCCCUUCACUGUAUCUACAAUUGUCAAAGAGCAGACUCACAGGUUUAGUGGUUAUCUCAGCGUUAGCAGGCUAUGGAAUGGCUCCCGGGGUGUUUGAAUUGUCAACAUGCGCCCUCAUGGGAUUCGGGACCUUCAUGACGUCCUGUUCAGCUAACACAGUCAAUCAGUAUUUUGAAGUACCAUUUGAUUCUCAGAUGGCCCGGACAAGGAAUAGAGUCUUGGUUAAAGGACUGCUCAGUCCCCUCCAUGCUGUUGGGUUUGCUUCAGUGGUUGGUACGGCAGGAGUAGGCAUCCUGGCACUGGCUGUCAAUCCAUUAGCUGCAGCCAUAGCCGCAAGUACCUGGGUUCUCUAUGUGGGUGUGUACACCCCGCUGAAGCGGCUAAGCAUCGUCAACACAUGGGUUGGUGCCGUGGUCGGAGCCCUACCUCCCGCCAUUGGCUGGGCAGCUAGCACUGGAGCUCUAGCACCAGGUGCCUUGUUGAUGGCUGGUUUCCUCUACUGCUGGCAGUUCCCCCACUUCAACGCCCUGAGCUGGAACCUCCGCAGUGAUUACUCCAGGGGUGGCUACCGCAUGAUGGCCACCACAAACCCUUCUCUCUGCCGCCGUGUGGCCCUCCGACACUGCUUCGCCAUGAUCGGGCUGUGCACCCUGGCCCCGAUGCUGGACCUCACCACAUGGGCAUUCGCCCUGGACUCUCUACCCCUCAACCUGUGGCUGACGUACCUGGGCUGGAGGUUUUACCAGCGGGCGGACAGCAAGUCGGCCAAGCAGCUGUUUAAGUUCACAUUGCUUCACCUGCCGUUGCUGAUGCUGUUGCUGUUGAUAAGCAAGAAGAGUCUGUACUCUGGUGGGAGUGUAGAGGCCAUCGCUGGAGCAUUAUGAUGAGAAAUUUGUCAGGUUAGGAGGGUUUCACUAGCAAGGUUUUAAUCGGAGGAAUUUUCAGGAGGAAUUCCCUAGGAAGGUUUCCCAAGGAAGGUAUCCCUAAGAGGAAUUCACUAGGAAGGUUUCCAGAGGAAAGUUUCCCUAAGAGGAAAUCACUAGGAUGGUUUCCCAAGGAAGGUUUCCCUAGGAGGAGUUCACUAGGAAGGUUUCACAAGGAAGGUUUCCCUAAGGGGAAUCCACUAAGGUUUCCCUAGUAAGGUUUUCAUUUGAGGGUCUCCCUAGGACAUAGGAGGAAUUUCCUUAAAAUGUUUCCCAAGGAAUUUUUCCCUCAGAGGAAUUUCCUGUGAAGAUUUCCCAAAAGAGGGUUCCUAAAGGCAUUUUUACUAAAGAGGGUUUGUCUGGGAAUGCUAACCUUCCUAAAAUGAAUUCUCUAAGGGAGGUUUCCGUUGGAGAUUUUCCCAAGGAGGGUUUUCCUAGGAGGAUUUUUGCUGAAAAUACAAAACACAUGCAACCGACCAUUUCACUGAAAAUUUAAUGCUCAAUUAGAGCAAUCACCCUGUAAAAAAAUGUAGUUACGAAACAUGUAUUGUUUUUUUCCAAAAAAAUUUGAACAAAACGUUUUCGUUGACUGUAACUGUGAAACUGAGUAUGUAACAUAUUUGCCGCAGCCACCUGGGCAAUUGGCUGCUAAUUAAACAGUGUGAAUAAGAGAAUAAAAUUAAGCAACGUGUUCUUAAUCGGCUGUUGAAACUGCAACCUGCAAACGGGUGUUUAAGAACGAGUCACUACUCUUUCAUUCCCAAUCAUAAAUGCCAUUUUGUUUGAAAGGCGUUAUAAAGUCGGAAACUCUGUACGUGUGGUGUAUUUUUAUGAAACAGUUUUCGGAUAUGAAUUCGUGUGCGUAAAGCAUCCUUGUAUCCAUGAGCUAAAAAAUAGUGCGACAAGAUCGAUCACCCGUCAGAAAGAGGUUGAGGGAUAACCCGCACAAAUGCUAUUUGAAAACAACCAGUUAUAAACAGCUCCAGCUGGUCAUUAUCAGUCGUUUAAACACCCCCACUUGACGUGUUUUCCACCAAUAGGGGAAUAGCGAAACUGUCUGGGGUAUUUAUGAAUGCAGUAUUAAGGGUGUUGGCAUUGGAGUGCUUAUGUGUUUAAUAUCUCAACUAGAAGGGUAUGAGAGAGAUUCCACUGUAGCGUCAAUCUGUGUGUGUGUGUGUGUACACUGACCUGAGCGCACGUGUUACAACCAAUUUAUCUUCCAGUCUCCCCGCGACGAACAGCAUGCACGUGCAAAGUUUUGAAAUGUAAUUUUGCACUGUCCGUAUGCAGAGCGUGACGCAUUUGACAAUAUGCAGAGUGCAAUAUAAAAAGUGAGAGUAGAGUAUAGCUUUUUAUACCACCUUCCAGUUCGAGCAUCUGAUUGGUGGAUUAGCGCGAACUGGAAGAUAAAAAGGAUACAUUAAUUCCAACCAUCUUGUUUUUCAAUUUUUGUUCAUUCAAACUAGACAGUCAUCAGCUCAUCUUACUGCAGUUUAUAUUUGUUUCUUUUCUUCACCAACAAGUUGCAAUGAAAAGCAAUUGUCAAUAUAUUCAGUUGGUUUUUAUCGACAUUUCUUUUUUCAGGGUGAGUGAUGAUUACUUUUAAAACCCAAUAUUUGAAUACUUGCAUAUUUGAAUAAUUAACUCUUUGCGUAUCGCAAGCGUAUAUUAUUGUCUCGACGAGAUCACCCAACAACACACAGUUUUCUCUAUUAAAACAAUGUUAUAAUUAAUAUUUUUGCCGCAGGCAAUGCAAAAUGAAGGGGAAUCUGUGGAAUUUAACUGAUAAUUUUUUUUAAAGAUAAGUUUAUUGUCAGUGUUCAACGAAACAAGAGUCCUGUGUUCCACUUUUUGGUGGAAAACCUUGGUUUUUUGGCGAGGUUUUGGGGGAAGUUUAGUGGCUACAUGUAUCUACUUAUUGUGCUAAGAAUCAUGGCAUGGAGCAUUAUUUUCUCAACAUAAUUAUUUCUAUGAGUCUGAAUAGUGGACAAUAGGUGGCAGCAGACUUGGCAGUUAAAUCCAGUGGUUUGAGAAAAAAAAGUAUGUUCAUUUAAAACAACAUUAACAAAAUCAAAUGUGGUGUAAUGACUUUCACGGUUUAAAACUUCUCUUGAAAUGCUUUUGCCUGAAAUGCUACUGAAGUACACAAGUUAUAAUUUUAAGUAAAACAAUUUGUUUUGAUCUAGCUUUACCAAAAAGGAAAAUCCCUGUGUAAGUUUAUUGCACUGGAGCAGCACAUGUUUUGUGUAAUGUCUUUUUUCGUUAGGAAUGAACACAGUGGAUGUUGUUUUUAAGGGAACCUUUACAAACUGAGUGGAAUUGCCUGAGGUUGUUACAUGUACGUCUUAACUACUUCAUUGUGGUUUUCUGGCCAAAUGCCAGUGAUAAUACAUGUGGCUUGGACUAGCAAAACGUUGUUCAGUGAAUAGACUGUGCAAGUCUAUGGCAUAUUUGACUGUCCGGGACUAAGUUAAUCCAGCAGUUUCCCAUAACACUCUCUUGAUGGCCAAAUGCAAGUUAAAAUGCCUGAGGACCAGUUAAAAUUAACCCAAGUGAACUGGCUGACUAGUUCAAUGUUAAAAAACUUCCCUAUCCCUACUUAAUAUUCAUUUUACACCAAUGUGUUUCCCUAUUUUAUUUGAAACAUGGACUUGUGAAAAGCUGAUGGACAGGUGAAAUAGCAAGUUAACUAGUCCUGUUGGCCAGCCACUGAAAAGGUUAUGGGCAAACCCAUGUAGUCCAAACCAUAUUGAGUUUUGCGUUUGAGCGGUUCUGUUUUUAUCAAAUACUCUGAAUAAUUCAAACAAUAUGUUGGACAAUUAACAUUUUAUGCCGUACCAUAGAUCUUAUUUGUGCUGAACUGGAAAGUAACAAUUUUAAAAUAGAUUUUUCUAAAGACCUGUCCAGCUGGAUUGUGAAAAGAAGAUUAAAUGUAAAUCAUAGCAAGCACUGUCAUUCAUGUCAUUUUAUUUGUCUCUUUUUAUGAUUUGCAUUUGAUUGGUAGCAUUUUAAAGGCAGC